AUGAAGAAAACACCAGCAAAAAACGAGAACAAGGGGGCCGACAGGGAGCAAGGGUCAACGGGGAGUAGCUGCUCACAUUCCUUGGCUGGCCUAAGACUUUUGCCACUGGUGCUCAUGUCCGGCGGGGACUUCUGGGUGGCACGGAUGGGCUGGCAAACGUCCGAAGCCCAUCGGCCGGUCUCCUCCUUCUGCGAAGAAGAACGGGGACGAGCGGCGACGAGGAACAACAACGAGGAUCGACGGCGGCAGGAUCAACAGCAGCCGGCAACGACACGGGACGUCAACAGCGACUGCUCCGCGGCAUGUUGUUUGCGGUAA